CGUGAGGUUUCCUCCGAGGAGUUAGAGGCUAGGUUUAGGCCUGGUGUCUUAAUAGUGCUUUACUAGUACGAUUAGUCCGAUUUAGAAAUUUCGGGUAGCUGGUUACAGUGCAGCGCCCUAGAAGGAUACUUCUGGGGAAGUAUCUCAGAACUCAGAGUUUCCCAGAGUGGACCCUGGUGAACUGCCAACAUCUGACUACCAAGCAGUUCUCCAUGUGGCAACCGAAACAGCCUGGGGUGGAGGUGAAGCCCGAAGCUUCAAGAAAAGCUCAAAAACGAAAGUGUCAGGAUAGCAGUGGGACAGAGACAGAUUCUGAAGGUUUGGGACAAAGUCCAAAAACCAAAUGCAAGGAUGGAACAGAAAUGCUAUUUAAAGAACCCGGAAAGGCUUGGAAGAAGACCCCUCAGAAGCAACAAGACCUCGAGCUUGAGAAACACCAGCCAGGCAAGGGUCAGGUACAGAAAGCCCAGGAAGAGAGUCCAAGACAACUAAAACCCAUAGAGGGUACCAAAGGGCCUCCAGAGCAGGCUGUGCCUGAGGGGAAGCCUGCUGAUGCUCGCAAGGGUCGCAAGCGUCCCUACUCCACCAUGGAGGAAAAGGAACAAAGCCCCCCAAAAGAAAAGCACGGAAGGUUGUCACAGAAGAGAGAUCCAGAGAGAGGGGGGAGGUGUUCAGAGGAGACAUCCAUUACACAAAAGAAAGAUGGUGUAAACCAUGGGGGAAGAAGGGGGAACAGCUUGGAGCCUGACUUACCGGGAACACCAGCUCUAACCAUCCUGGAUAGUGGCAGAGGUGGCAGGUUACUCCCCAACAAGAUGGCAGUACUUGCGGCAGAGGAAAAGCCUCUCACAAACCUAGAAAAGGGCAGAGAAGUGGAUCAAAAUUUUCAUGUUACAGAGGACACGGAAAAGGAAAUUAGGAGUGCCCUGGGUCCAGGACCCCAAGAGGAAAUCCUAAGUAGGGGAUUCAAAUUGCAAAUCACCCGAAGAGAUAUCCAGACCCUCAAGAAUGGUCAGUGGCUCAAUGAUGAGAUCAUCAAUUUUUAUAUGAACCUUCUGGUUGAGAGAAACGAAAACCAAGGCUACCCCGCUCUUCAUGUGUUUAGCACUUUCUUUUACCCCAAGCUAACGCAGAGCGGUUACUCUUCUGUCAAAAGAUGGACUCGAACAAUUAAUCUCUUUGACAAAGAAAUGAUCCUGGUGCCUAUUCACCAGAGGGUACAUUGGAGCCUGGUGGUGAUCGAUUUGAGAAAACGAAGUAUCGUAUACCUGGAUUCCUUGGGACAGACGGGAAAAACUAUCUGUGAGACCAUCUUCCAGUAUUUACAAAAUGAGAGCAAGACUCGAAGGAACAUCGAGCUGGACCCUCUGGAGUGGAAACUAUACAGCAUGUCCGCAGAGGAGAUUCCUCAGCAACUGAAUGGGAGUGACUGUGGCAUGUUCGCCUGUAAAUAUGCGGAUUACAUCGCUAGAGACCAACCUGUCACCUUCUCUCAGCAGCACAUGCCCAUCUUCAGGAAGAGGAUGGUAUGGGAAAUCCUGCACAGUCACUUACUUGUAACAACACCCACCUGACUGCUGUGGUCACCAGUGGUCCCUGUACUUUUCUACCGUCCUAACUUGGGAUAUCCAACUGCUGCCCGAAUGCCACCUCUAGGAUGCAUGCAAGGACUGCAGGCUUAGACACUGCUGCUGUCCAACCCACAGGAGACCAUGAGCAAUACUGUGCAAUACUGUUUUAAUGCUGGAUUUUUUUAAAUUGCUGUUUUUUGUUUUAUUUUGUCUUAUUUUGUUGUGUUGUGUUUUUUAUUUGUGUUUGUUUUUUUGUGUUUUGUUUGGGUUUUAUUUUUUAAUUUUUGUUUUCUAGUUUGUGUUUUGUUUUUGUUGUUGUUUUGUCUUUAUUUUGUUUUUAGUUAUUGCUUUUUGUUUGUUUGUUUUUUGUUUAUUGUUUGUUUGUUUGUUUGCCAAAGCCGUGUGCCACUGCAGGCUCACUUUUUUUUUUUAAACUUUUUUUUUCCAUGAGACUCUUCAGGAGUCACAGGGAUUCGAACUUGGAAACAUUUUAUUUUUGUUUUAUUUUGUCUUAUUUUGUUGUGUUGUGGUUUUUAUUUUUGUGUUUGUUUUUUUGUUUGGAUUUUAUUUUUUGAUUUUUGUUUUCUAGUUUGUGUUUUGUUUUUGUUCUUUCUUUAUUUUUAGUUAUUGCUUUUUGUUUGUUUUUUUGUUUGUAUUUUUGUUUGUUUGUUGUUUGGGUUUUGUUUUUCAUUGUCUUGUUUUUUGUUUCUGUUAUUGCUGUUUGUGUUUGGUUUUUGUUUGUAUUUUUUCCCAUGAGACUCUACAGGAGUCACACGGGAUUCGAACUCGGAAACGUUUUAACGUUUUAGUUUUAUUUUAUUUUGUCUUAUUCGUUGUGUUGUGUUUUUUAUUUGUGGUUUUUUUUGUUUUGUUUUUGUUUGGGUUUGAUUUUUUUGAUUUUUGUUUUCUAGUUUGUGUUUUGUUUUUGUUGUUGUUUUUUUCUUUAUUUUGUUUUUAGUUAUUGCUUUUUGUUUGUUUUUGUUUGUUUUAUUGUUUGCCAAAGCUGUGUGCCACUGUAGGCUCACUUUUUUUUUUAACUUUUUUUUUUCAUGAGACUCGUCCAGAGUCACAAGGGAUUCGAACCCAGAAACGUUUUAUUUUUGUUUUAUUUUGUCUUAUUUUGUUGUGUUGUGUUUUUUUUAAUUUGUGUUUGUUUUUUUGUUUUUGUUUGGGUUUUAUUUUUUAAUUUUUGUUUUCUAGUUUGUGUUUUGUUGUUUUUUCUUUAUUUUGUUUUCAGUUAUUGCUUUUUGUUUGUUUUUUUUUGUUUUGUUUUGUUUUGUUUUUUUGUUUGCCAAAGCCGUUUGCCACUGCAGGCUUGCUUUUUUUUUUUUUUUUUUUUAAUAUUUUUCCCCCCAUAAGACUCGUCGGAGUCACACGGGAUUUGAACUCGGAAAUGUGGACACGGUCCGCCACCAGAGGGCAGGCGAUAAAGCCGUGCUCCACCCUGGGCUCACUGUUUGUAUUUUUGUUUGUUGAUUUUGUUUGGGUUUUGGUUUUUGUUAGUUUUUUUUUUUUUUUUUGCUUCUGUUUUUGUUUGUGUGUUGUUUUUUGUUUGGGUUUGGAGUUUUGUUUUGGUUUCUUUUUAGUUGUUUCUGUUUGUUGUUUGAUUUUUGUUUGUAUUUUUGUUUGUAUUUUUGUUUAUUUGUUUUUGGGUUUUGUCUUUUGUUUGUUGUAGUUUUGGGUUUGGUUUUGGUUUUAUUCUAAGUUGUUCUGUUUGUGUUUCUGGUUUUGUUUUGGGUUGUUUUUUGUUUUUAUGUUUGUGUUUUUGGUUUUGCUCUUUCUUAUUUUUUUAUUUAUGUUUUUGGUUCUGUUCUUGUGUUUUGUUGUUGUUUUGUAUGUUUUUUCUGUUUUUGUUUUGUUUUUGUCUUCCUGACCCCACCACAGUGAUUAUUUUUCUUGACUCACUGCAAACCUUGACCAUUAUCAUUUUCCAAUCCUCUUGCCCUUGUUCGAACUGUCUAUUUCCCAAAGGAAUGUCCAUCCCAGUGCCAUUCCCUGCUGACGAUGAGGAGGGACAUCAGCAGGAAGAGGCAGAAGCUGUUCACUGGCAUCUACAAUGAUGGAGUCAGAUGCUCUUCAGUUAAAGCUGGGGGUAGUAGUGGUGUUUUUUUGUUUGUUUGUUUUUUUGUUGUUGUUGUUUUUUAUUCUUGAAAAUAGUAUAUGAAAUGAAAAUGAGUUGUACAGAUCGGUGCUGUUCUGAUCCACCGUACUCUACUGGACUUGUACAGGAUGUAGAUCUGCAGCCAAACUACUAACUGGACUCCAGGACUAUUAAGAAAAGCGCCAUGGUCAUUAAAGACUCAUUCUUUCCCAGACCUGCCUUAGUUUUGGAAGUUGAUUUGUAGUAACUACAAUGGCAAAUGUCCAUUUUUAUCUCAGGUCUCACUGAAUACAAACCCCAUCUAGGGUUGUAUUGAAUUUUUCUUUUCAAUUCUAUUUAAAAUUUAUUCUUAAAAAGUUUUGGUAUCUAUUAAGAUGAAAUUAAGAUUUUUUUUCUCAUUAGAUUAACAUUCCCACUGUGGAAGUUGGGGAUUUGGUAUUUAGGGUUGAUACCAACAGUUAUAAAAUAACCUAUUUUACAUGUGAUAGUUUGUAUUUAACUUUUCUAUUCAUUAAUUAUGGUUGUGUUUAUGCAAUUUUUACUCAAUAAAGUUUAAAGUUAUUUAAACA